UCAGUCACUCUUCCUUCCCCUGAAAGAGUUUCCUCCUCAGCGCUCAAACUCUCAUUCCAGCUCAGAGACACUCACAAAGCAGAAGCAUGGGCACGCUGCUUCUCAUCUUAAUAACCCUGGAGCGUUUUUCUGCAUUGAGUGGUUUUCUGGUGGCACACGUGGACACAGGCUUGUGUCUGAGCACAAACAGGAGUGUGGUGGUCCUGAGGAAGUGUGACGAGACCAGCUCGUCUCAGCAGUGGGUCUGGACCAGCGGCAGCAGACUCAAUCACACGCUCAUGUCCAGAUGUCUGUGGGCCAAUCAGAACAGCGAUGUCCCACAUCACGCUCGCCUGGUCAAGCUCAGCGACUGCCACACUGCCCCGGCCUGGAGCUGCUACCACCACCGGGGGGUCUUUGGACUGGCAGAGACGCCCAUGUUCCUGAAGAAGCAGGGCGAGAGGGUUGUUGUCCGCUUUGGGCAGAGGUACUCAAACUGGUCCAUGAUGACGGUGGACUCUGAGGGGAGACUGGUGUCCACGUCUCUCUGUCCAUCCACAGGCCCGUCCACAGUUUCAACAAUGAACUCCAAAGGAGAACUGACCACUCUGACAGUCCCCGUCAUUACUGAAAGCAGAGCAGUGACCCACCACAGUAACACAGUCAGAAGCAGAACCAAACGCACCGCUACCACUGGUCUAGCUGAUCCGAGGACAUUCACUGCCAAAACAGACUUUCAGGAGAACGAGACUCAAAUGCCCGAGACAGAUUCACCCUACAAGAUGAGUGAUGCUACAGAUGUGUCCUCCACCGCUCUGAUGGUCACCAGAACUCCUCGUGCACCUCAGAACUUCACCCAGAAUAGAGCUGACAUGACAGAGACCACCUCAGAUGUUAUGGAGCAGACCCACAACCCUCUGACUCCUCAGACAGAGUUUACUAUCUCCACGACAGACGCAGAGCCUUCGGGUUCUUCUGACUUUCAUACAGGACCGUCUGAAACUCACAGCACUGAUGCAGAUCCUACACUGACCAAGAGUUCAACCAGUAGUGUCCCAGUGUCAAACACAGACGAGGAGUGGACAAAUGCCACGACCAGAAGCCCAGAGAUCAUCAAAGAUGUUCAGACCUUGUUGCCAUUUAAAACAAGAACGAGCCGAGCCAUUACUGAAGAUCUUCCCAGUACAGAUACUAGAGCUACUCCCAAUACAGCCACUGGUUCUGCUGAAACUAGAGCGCAUGCAACAAGCAGCCCUGCAGCCCUGUACACAUCUACAGCUGCCCCCGGACACAUCAACAACAUACACACUACUACUGUGGCUCCAGCCACAACUGUAGGAACCACCAGCACCAUCCCCAGCACUGCUGCUCUGAGCACAGGGACCUCACCUCCACCAUCUACUGCCACUCCGACCACGGCUUCCACAGCACAGCUUGUAACGACGGAGGCGGUCAGGUGUCUGGUGAACAUGACUGCAGCAAGUAUUCAUAUGGAUUAUUGUGUGUUGAAUUUCACAACACCUGGCAAAUCCUGCAGCUUCGUCAUGACUGAUGCUUCUCACUUCACAAGGUGUUCUGAAGACAUGAAGCGUCCAAGCCAUUACACAUGCACGAUGAUUGGUUUGACUCCCGGCGCAACCUAUUGGUUUGGAAUCAUGUCUGAGACAGAUGCUGCACACUUAAACGUUACAGUUCAAACCACUCCUGCUCCCGUCACAUCACUGACUCUCCAGAGCAACGGCAGUCAGGACGCUCUCAAAGCCGCCUGGAUUCCUGCGGUCGGACGCGUGGAGUCCUACCAGCUCUCUCUGUCUCCCUCCAUCUCUUCACAACAGGACCUUAUUCUGCCUCCAAACACUACUCAGUGGGUUUUUAGCGGCUUGACACCUGGAAAAGAUUAUCAAGUGUUGGUGAAGACGAAGAGUGGAGAACUAACAGCUGAGACCAGGACAACAGGGAGAACAGCUCCAGGAUGGGCAGCUCAUCUCCGGCUGGAGGCCCUUGAUGAGAGGACCCUGCGGCUGUCCUGGUCUGCUCCUGCUGGCGACUGGGAUUUCUACCGUGUGCUGCUGUUCAACGGCUCGUCUGUGCUGAUGAACCGGACGGUGGACAGGAGUCUGGUGGAGUUCAACUUCACGGACGGGACUCUGAUUCCAGGCCGUCUGUACAGAGCUGCUGUGAGCGUGGAGAGCGGAUAUCUGAGCUCGACUGCCGACUGCCACGAGAGACUAGCUCCCCGGUCCGUUCAGAGGCUGAGUGUCCGUCACAGCACCGAGACCUCGCUGAGCGCUGUGUGGAGCCAUCCCGUCGGAGAGUGGGACAACUACACCGUCCUGCUGAAGGACGGAGACGUCACUGUGGACACACAGACAUUAUCCCGUGGUGUGCAGGAAUGCAGUUUUAAUAAGCUGAUGCCUGGACACACCUAUACGAUCACCGUGACGACCAAUAGUGGAGAUCGGAGUAGUUCGGCCCACGUCUCAGGAAGAACCGUCCCUGCACAGGUCACCCAGCUGCGGGUCAGUAAUCAGGGCAGCACAGACGCUCUGCAGGUGAGCUGGGACGGCGCGGCCGGUGAGGUGGAUCUGUACCGUUUGCUCCUCAUCCACAACAGCGUGGUCAUGAAGAACGAGAGUGUGCCGCCCAAUGUCACCUCCUACCACUUCCAGGGCCUGAGAUCUGGCGCUCUGUACAGGACAGUGCUGACCACAGUGCACAGGGGCGAUCUCUCGCGCCAGACGGUGGCUGAUGGGCGCACAGUUCCAGCCGCAGUGAGAGACGUGACGGUGAGCAACAAUGGCCGCAUGGACUUCCUGAGUGUGUCCUGGAGAGCAGCUGAGGGAGACGUGGACAGUUACUCGGUCACUCUGAGAGAUCAGGAGAGAACCAUUCACACUCUCACUGUGUCCAGGCUCACUACCGAGUGUGUCUUUAAGUCUCUGGUGUCUGGACGCCUCUACAACAUCUCCAUCAGCACCCGCAGUGGAGAGUAUGAGAAGCACACCGUGGUUCAGGAGCGCACACAACCUGCCACAGCGUUGAACCCUACAGCCACACACAUGGCUCGUGACGACCGUCUGAAGGUGUACUGGCGCCACGCGGCUGGAGACUUUGACCACUAUCAUGUCUCCAUCAAGCACAACAACAUCUUCCAGCAGAACAAGACGGUGCCCAAGACUCAGAAUGAAUGUGUGUUCAGUGGGCUGGUGCCAGGCCGACUCUACACUGUGAUCGUCAGCACAUGGAGCGGGAAAUAUGAGUCCAGCGUCUCAACUCACGGAAGGACAUUGCCAGCAGGAGUGCAGAACCUGACGCUGGCUGACAGCGGCACAGAGGACCUGCUGGUGACGUGGGUUUCUGCCCCCGGAGAUGUGGAUCAUUAUGAGGUUCAGCUGCUCUUUAAUGACAUGAAGGUGUUUCCUCCGAUCACACUAAACAGCAGCACCAACAGAUACCUGCUCUCUUCACUCACUCCUGGAAGACUUUAUAAAAUUGUGGUGUCCACCUUUAGUGGGCCAAAUCUAAGUGUGCAGUUUAUCAAAGGCAGAACAGUUCCCAGUAAAGUGAAGAACAUUCUUAUCAGUAAUGCCGGUCAGAGCAGCAGUCUUAGAGUGAACUGGACGCCGGGACAGGGUGAUGUGGACCACUAUGCUGUGUCACUGUCCCAGACGGGCGGUCAGGCUGAGGAGAGAUCAAUCCCUAAACAUGUGCAUGAGAUCAGUUUCCAGGGUCUACUGCCAGGACAACAGUACAUGAUAACUGUUACAUCAGUCUGUGGAUCUCUGAUCAAUAACAGCACAGCAACAGGACGAACAGUGCCGUCCUCCGUGAGCGCUCUACAAGUGGAGGACCAGCGCAGCACAUCCAGUCUGCUGGUGGUCAUGAGGCAGGUCGAGGGGGUGUAUGACGGCUAUCAGCUGCAGCUGCUGGAUGAGCGAGGGUCUCUGGUGGCUAACAGCUCUCAGACUGCAGAAGCCAGCCAGCAGUACUUCAGACAGCUCACUCCAGGAAAAAAAUAUCGUGUUGUGAUGCAAACCACCAGCGGAGGAAUCAGCAGCAAAGCUGUCAUUGCUGAGGGCAGAACCUAUCCAGCGAUUGUUAAUAACCUGUCCGUCAUAAGCAACACAACCACAAGCCUGUCGUUCCGCUGGGAUCUGCCAGAUGGGGAGUUUGAUGGAUUUGAUGUUUUUCUAUAUACUGGAGAUGAAAGCUUGCAAGAUCAGAAAACAGGAAUGAUGAACAUGCAGGACUGUUCUUUUUCCAACCUUCAACCUGGGACUCAGUACAAGGUGGUGGUUCUGACCCGCAGUGGGGAUCAGACCAAUGACACGUCCAUCUGGGCCCGGGACAGGUGA